ACCUGCUGCCCUCGUUGCAAGGUUGGUUAAUGGGAUGGAGACGCAUUCCAUGUUGGUGUUCAGGUGACCUUUCCGACUUGGGUUUGUGCACACCCAUCAAUCAAUCAAUCCACUCGCCGUUUACGUUUCCACUCCGUAAAAAGUGCUAAGCCAGGUUCAUCCUGAUUCGCUAACGAGUAGACGGGCAGGUCCAUGCUGGUUCGCUGAUGGGUGGGCCGGCACGUAUCCGAAAGUACUGGGGCGUGCGUUCGAUGUGCGUCUGCGCACGCCCCACUCUCUCUUCUCCGCCCGUCCGUUUCUGACUGGGUGCGCGGGCAAGAGAGCGUGCUCGGGCGUGUGUGUUUGUGUGCGUGUGUGUGUUUGUGUGCGUGCGUGCGUGUGUGUGUGUGUGUGUGUGUGUGAGAGAGAGUGAGAGAGAGAGAGAGAGAGAGAGAGAGAGAGAGAGAGAGAGAGAGAGAGAGAGAGAGAGAAAGAGAGAGAGAGAGAGAACGGUAAGGAGGAAAGGGCUGGAUGGAGAUGACCGAGAGUAAUGGAACGGGCGUCACGCAGCCUGAGGAGAUGCUGCCGGAAGGAUUGAGAGCUGCUUUACCAUUAGAUCCGUUCGAGCAGCUGGAGAUGGCGCGGCGAAUCGCGGUUCUUGCUCUGAGCAACCGAGUAAGCGAUGUGGAGGACAGGCUGCUGCAGAAAGACAACCACAUCAAGAAGCUGGAGGUACGAAUGGCGGAUCUGCAGGAAACGAUCAAGGAGCAAUCAGAGCGGCUCAACCAAGCUCUGUCGGAGCAGGUACGAAGUGUUGAAUGAUUUGUGUUCCUAGUCCUGUUCUUUUCGU